AUGGCCAAUUCAGAACAACCACAUGUAAACGAUGAUGUUAAUGCAGCUGAUAUUCUUCUUCAAGAUCCUUCUUUAUCAUCAGUAAAUACAAAUGCAGGAGAUCCACCACAAUUACCAUCUCAUAUAUUACAAAUAAUUGAUCAUGAACUUAAUUCACCGAACGUUCCAUCGCUUGCUGAAAUUCAAGCUUAUCCAACAGCAGCUUAUUUCAAUAAAACAGUGAUUCCAAUUAUUAUCGAAGGUUUAUCCAUUGUAGCAAGAGAAAGACCCAAAAAACCGAUCGAAUAUUUGGCUGCAUUUUUUAUUAAAAAUCGAGAACGAUUUGGUGAAAGUGUUUAA